AUGUCAUUGAUACAUGCCGCUGUCUCGAAUACUUUCCUGGUAUUCGGAGGAUUAGAUCUCACUGCUCCGUACUACGGGUUCUCACCAUUCAAUGACCAUAAUCGCAACGAUGGACAUUCUGUACACACCACCCCAGAAGCAAAGCUGCACGCUGCACGCACAAAACGACUAAAGUACUAUCACAGGAUAUUAUCAACACUAAACGGCGCCUUCAAUCUCGUACGCCAACGACACACAAAAGAUCUUCCGCCUCCAAGCCAGAGAUGGACCAUCGUCCAACCUCAUCCUCAUCCUCAGCUCGUGAUCUGUCUCCUGCACCAUUUGGCAGCAGCUGAGUGUAACAAUAGCACCACUUUAGCUGAAUGCCUGGAGAUUGUCCGAGAUGCCAAGGAUGAGCUAAUCGGUCUCGCCGUGUUACCUGGCCCUUAUGCAUACAUCGAGCAUAUUCUUGCGAAGUAUGUCACAACAAUACCUCGUGAAUGCUUCAAUAUCGAAACUGUCGACCGCAGCGACCCAGGUGAUCCUUCCGUAAUCGACGACGCCAUCCUGAAGGUCCAAGGUAUUUAUGAGAAGGUGUUCCUUGGUCAAGAUUCAAUUUUAGAUAUGUGUGGAGUAUGUGACGAGUGGAGGGCUGCAGAUGAAGUCUGCCAGGCAAUUUGUCGUGUAAUUACAUACCUGGAGGAUGUCUCAUGGAAUGUCAGCCAGGGUAGCACUCAUCUUGCAAUCGCGCAUGUAGGUCAAACGUUAAAGUAUCAGAAGGAUAGACACAUUGACAUGUACGCGUAA